AUGUCAACCUCUCUCAACGAUGACUGGGUUCAGUGUCAAUCAGCUAAUGCUCUAGCAAAUGACGUUCGAACAUGGUCUACCUCCAUCUCAAGGUCCCGAGUAUCCACCAUCGAUGGUCUCGGAUUCAGUGAAAAUGUCGAUGCCGAGGCGCUGACCAGCCUCGAAAGCCUACUUCGCACAGUACAGCAACUGAAGCUCAAAAGGAUCCGUGCCGAGGCACUCGAGGAAUUUCAAUUCAUUGCAGCUGGGGAGACUUUUGCAGUCUCAAAAUGCCACUACGAAGGGUCUGUGGUCGCCAUCAAGCGCAUCCAACUCAAGGCAGAAUUCGAACGUCAGCAUUUCCAGCGCCGCUUGCAUUCUGUGCUACGAGAGGUCCUGAUCAUGUGCCAUCCACCACUUACGCAUCACCCGAAUAUUAUCAGUCUGCUAGGAUAUGGAUGGUCCGUGGAGAAGCAGCAGCUGUCCCCCUUUCUCUCCGUGGAAUUUGCUACCGGUGGCACAUUAAGGGAAUACUUAAAAGAGUCUCCACAACCGAUUCGGAGCAAAUUGAUACUCAUGGGGGAUGUUGCAGCAGGUUUAAUGGCCUUACAUAGAUGUGGAAUCGUGCACGGCGACCUGAAAGCUGACAACGUGGUUAUUUUCUCUUCGCUGGACCGCCCGUCUAUGUCAGUUGCCAAAGUCUCAGAUUUCGGACAUUCGAUCCUCGUGAGCUCAACGCCCGAAAAAAGAACACAGUAUUUUGGUACCAAAUUAUACAAUGCACCCGAGGUGGCUACCCAGAAAGAUCAGCCCAUUCCGAUUGAGCAACUUCCUAAAUGCGACAUCUGGGCAUUUGGUUUGUGCGUGUGGGAGAUACUGGCAGAUGGAAAUCUGUACUUCCAACGUGAUUGGAAAACCGAUCUGACGUUUCAGCGCCCUCCCGCAUACACAGUGUCACCAUCGCCUGCGAAUUCAAAGCCCCACGAAGUCUCAGCUGACGAAGGCAAUCAGAAUGCUUUUGGUCAUUUCGACCUUUUUCAUCUCAAGGCAAUAUCAAUUCAAUUUCUGGAAAGCAUGAAUAUUCCAGGAAUUGGGUUUGAAAAAGGGUUCCUGAGACCUCUUUUAGCUGGUGCACUGGAGGUCGAUCCCAUCAAGCGGAUAUCGGAUCUAAGUCGACUGCCAAUUAUUGGAUUCUGGAACAAAGCACCGGGAGGGCUCUCACUCCAGUCAAAGCUUGCCACUUAUACUUUAUCUGGAGACAUCCGGUAUUCUAUUUUCAACAGAGAUGGAGGUCCCUACAUCAUUUGGGAACAGCAGCAGCAACUCUUGCAGAGUUUCGAAACCUUGGCCCAGCAGACGGAUCCCCAGAAGGAUAAUGGGUCUGCUGCAUUCCAGACGAUGCUUUGCUAUGCGAACGCUUUUGGAACAUCCAUGAACUUGACAAAGGCCAGUCAGUAUCUACAUAAGACUGAGAUUUCAGGCCAUUUGGUGGCCGAUAUUUUGGGUUCUCGGCUCCUUGAUGGGUUCUCUGGAAAGCCAUCUGAUUCGCCGAAGAGAUAUCAUGAAUGUCUCGCCCAAGGCCUUUGUAAUAUAUGGAGCAAAAAGUCUUCUACCAUCUUUGUGCACAAUGGCGAAAAUAUCACCGACUUCGCCGAUUACCCUAGCUUGCGCGAUGCCUUUAUCGACGAGGGGAAUUUGAUUGGCAUUGACCAUGACGACAUUUCGACCAUUUUUCUCACGCGAAAGCGCUCUCCUGAGCGCCAUAAUAUUUUGGAAAUUGCUAUUCAAGAGGGCGAUAUAGAUUUCGUAAAUUUAUUGUUACCCAAGCUUGGCAGAAAGCUCACUGAGAUGACAACAAGAGAGUGUCUUUUAGUACAAGCAUGCCGUAACGGUCACGGUAACAUUGUGAAACGGUUACUGCACGAAGGAAUCACCAUUUAUCGUGAUGACUCAAGCUCUUGCCUUCUACAUUGGCUCUUCUGUCUGGAUGACACAAGUUUGUUUGAAUUACAGCGGCAGCUUCAAAAUGAGAAUCGUACAGACGAUCUCAAGCGGGCCCUCAACCAUGCUAUCGCCCAGAAGAUUACGAUUCAUCCGCAGUGGCCAUUUCAAAUACAUGGUACCCCACUUGCUACUGCGGUCGCCGCGGGGAGCGUUGCUGCUGUGGAAUUGUUAUUGCUAUUGAACGCCAACCCCAGGGCUGAGGCCUUUGCUGCGGUCGACAGCGAAGCAACUCCAACAUUGACACCUAUUCAUAUUGCUAUAUCCUACCAGCUCCCAAAAAUUGUCAAGCUCCUAUGGCAUGCAGCAUUCGGGGAGCGAUUGAGUCCUGCAAGUCAAAUGUACCGCAAUAAUGCCUUGGGUCGAUUCCCAAUUGCUUGUGCUUUGAGCUUCAGGAGCAAUGCCGAACGGUUUGCUAUGCAUGGUAAUGGCCAUAGAAAGUGCCUCAGAGAAGUCAUUCAGCUCUUGCCAGUUGAAGCAUUGGCCCAGUCCUCGCCCGAGGGUAGGAAUGCCCUCACGCAGGCAAUUGACCUAGAAGAUGUUGAAGCUGCGAAUCAGAUCUUGGAAUAUUACCCCGGCCUUGUCACUAGAAGGAUUAUCCAACCAGGAACAAACAACAUGUUUACAUACCCCCUCAAUUUUGCGGUCCAAAUGGGUUCACUUCGCGAGACCGACGAGUCGAUCCAGAUAUUGAAAACAAUUCUCAAGCUUGAUCCAGCCGCAAUCAACAGACCAGACAGUUCCUCAGCGAAGUCAAUACACACCGCAGCCAUGGGUACAUCAACUCAUAUCCUAGAGUUCCUUCUCGAGAAUGGCUGCACAUGCCGUGAACUAGAUAGUAGCGGACAGACCCCUUUGUUCUUCUGUCGAAUUGCGAGUAUGGUCAGCAUCUUACUGCAAAAGGGCGCCGAUAUUAAUCAUCAGGACCGACGGGGGUAUACUCCUACCCAUACAGCCGCAAUCCAGGGCACGGAAGAAGUUUUCUACGCACUUGUUGAUGCCGGUGCCAAUUUGAACCUCAUGAAAAACGAAAUUGGGACUCCCUUGCAUUGCGCCGUUCAAAAAAAGUCUCUGUCGAUGGUAGAAAGGCUUAUAAAGGCGGAUGUCAACGUCAACGUGAAAAACACCUACGGUCGCACUCCGCUCCUCGUCGCAAUGGACACAGGUAGAUCUGAUUUGGUUUCCUUACUAUUUGAAAACGGUGCGAACCCGUUUAUUGAAGACAAGAGGGGUUCGUCACCUUUCCAUAUGGCUCUUGCUUGGCCCAACGCCAGCGUGCUGAACAACUUCCAAAUCCACACCCCGCUCAGUGAACUAUCAUGGAAGAAAAGGGUAAAAGCAUUACACUUUGCCGCCGACAAUGGGGAGCCCGCUGCGCUGAAGCUUUACUUGUACAAGGCCUUUGGAUCAGGGCAGAGUGUCGACAAUCCUUAUUUUCUGGACCAUAAAGAUGUCCAAGUAGCUCUUCACAAGGCGACAGCGGCUUGCCGGGCGGAUUUAGUUGAUGUUAUGCUGGCCUACGGGUUCAAAGUGGAUGCCUUGGACGCCAAGAGCAAUACGCCUCUCCUGAUAGGGUGUCAAAUAGGCCGCGAGCAUCCUCUGAUCAACCAAUAUACCCGCACGAACAUUUGCGAAAAACUUCUUGCCAAUGGCGCCAGCAUCUGCAGAAAAAACAACAGAGGGAUGUCGCCUUUAUCUAUCGCCCAAGCUCACAAAGAUUAUCCGCUAAUGACACUAUUGCUUGAGCAUGCCCUUGAAUUGGGUGAUCUUGACCAACUUAAACUAAGAUCCCGCAUGCUAAUGUCAAUCAAAGACCCUGUAAAAGACAGUGAACAUUGCAAAGAAUCCCGAGCUCUCAUUCGCGACGAGAUGAUCCAUCUUGAACUCAUCCAGCAGGCGAUCAAAGACCAAGAAUGGGACUUCGUCAUGACAUGCAUCAAAGGACAAUUUAUCAACAAACAGGAACUCCGCCAGAUAUUUCAACGAAGAAGAUGGUCCUAUGGAGUUGAUAGCUUAGACAUGCUACGCUUCCAUUCCGUCCGACGGGACCGGGAAAUUGUUCGCUAUCUAUAUCAGGUAUCCACCACCGGCAAAUACACCGCACAAAACGCCACCCAGAUCGGGCUCCGGAAUCUACAGCUUGAGUGUUCAGAUUGGAGGAUCAGUUUGAAUCAAACUUUGUGGCCAAAGGAAAUUGAAAAGCUAUUUAGGACAUGGAAAGAAGGUGAGCCGGAGCACAGAAGGCGGAGUGAAAGAUUCAUGCGGACAUCGAGGGAAUAUCAAACAAGCAAACCAGACGAUGAGGAAAGGAAAUGGGGUUGGAGCUCCGAUGAACUCUCUGAGGAUGGUAUAUCAUCUGCUGAAGAGUCAGAAUCCGAACAAAUGAAGGAAACUUGA